CCACUGAUUUUUGCUGUAUUUUUGAAAUUUAGUUGAAAUUGGGGCAUAAGAGUCAUUCAAGGCCUUAAAGUUUUGAAACUGUGUGUUUUUGAAAAGGUUUUAUGGAUUUAAUUGUGUUUGAAGCUUUUUUAGCCAACCAAAUUGGCAAAUUAUAAGUUCACAAUUUGGCCGUUGGAGUUGUAGGGGCGCCACUACUUUUUGUUGUUUUUCAAUUUUAAUCAAAAUUGGGGGACAAGGGCGAUGCGUAACGUUAAAUUUCUGAAACGUUAUGUUUUUGAAGGGGUUUUGUAUACUUAUUUGUGUCGUGGAAGGUUUUUUUUUAAUACAAAAACGACAUUGACUAGUUCACAAUUUUACCGUUGGAGUUGAGGGCGCCACCAAUUUUUUUCAAACAAAUUUUACUAAAUUGGGGCCUUAGGUUCGCCUUGUUGGUGCUUGAACAAAGUGAGGUUAUGUCAUCACCAAACAAGCCCCUAAAAUGAGUGUUUUCGCGGCAACUUGCGACAUUUGCGUGAGACUAGUCCCCAACGUGGUGAGUGUACGAAGUACUGGUAGCAGGAACGAAACUUUCUUGACUAAACUGCAAGCCUUGGUCCCCGAAGUGGAAUGGAUGCUACAUCACCGCAUUUGCGCCUCAUGCCAGUCCGAAUUGGAGACAGCUUACGAAUUCCGGGCGCGUUGCAUUCGUCUCGAUUUCGAGCGUCAGGUGACUGGAGCCCCCAAGACAAAUCGUGCGCUUUAUGCGUGUUACACUUGUGGUCAACUAUUCAUCGAUUGUCAACUCCUAUCCGAGCACAUUGACCGGGACCACGAUGAAACAAAAGAAACUCAAAUCACUUCAACGAGUGCAAAGAUUUUAUCAGAGCAUUUGUAUGCGAAACAUCGCGUCGAUAUCGAUAUCUUCAACAUCCAGCCUGUGUAUAACUUUAUUUGUGAGAAAUGUCCUCGGAAAUUCGCGACGAAAAAAGAAUUGGAGGAACACAUUCCAAUUUGUGGAGAACUCAAAGCCAGAGUGGGGUUCUGUCAAGUCUGUGGGGCGACUUUUGAGACCACGAAAGAUGUUAUCGAGCACUGCAUAAAGGAGCACAGUCUUGAAAAGGAUGAAAUCAAGCCGUUUGCGUGCGAUAAAUGUCCGAAAAGGUUUACAAAAUUGUAUAAUUUACAAAAACACGAACUUCAUCAUUCUGCAAUCCGGAAUUUUGUAUGCACACUCUGCGGGCGGACUUUUAAAACAAAACGCGAAGUCGUGGUUCAUGAACAAGGCCACUUGAAUCAACGAAAAUACAAAUGCGAGUUGUGUUGUAAAGGCUUCAAUUGCCACACCAGUCUCUACACUCACGUCAAUGUGGUUCAUUCUGACUACAGUGACAAGAAAUUUGCCUGUCAUUUGUGCACGAAACGAUUUUGUAAUAAACAGGGACUCGAGGAACACAUUAGAAGACACAAAGGGGAAAAACCCUUCAAAUGUCAUAUCUGUCCCACGUCAUUUGUUUCACAAGGAGAGCUAAAAAAACACAUCAAGGCCCACACAUUUGUCAAGGAAGUCAAUCCAAUUAAGUGCAAACAUUGUGAUAAAACAUACAAGCUUCAUAUUUCGUAUAAAUUGCAUUUGAGACGCGAUCAUGGUCUAGGCGAUGCCAAAUUACCGGAAAAGAAGUACACGUGUGGUGUUUGUUCCAAGAAAUUUGACACUAAAACCCGCCUGAAGGCCCACGUGGACAGACAUGCAGGAAUUAAACGGUUUCAGUGCGAAGACUGCGGGAACAAGUAUGCCGACAAGGGGGGUCUCCGCGUACACAUGAGGGACAAGCAUGAAGCGGAAUCUCCCAGCAGAUUACCUCACUUUUUAACACCCAGAAUGAAUAAAUUCGGAGUGAAAUGCAGUGUGUGUUUGAGUUCCGUGGAAAAAGUUGUGUCUUUAAGCAGUCAAGAGUCACUUCUCACCAAAUUGCGAAGUGUCGUCUCCGAAGUGGAAUGGCUGGAAUGUUACGAAAUUUGUGCAUCAUGCGAAUCUGAUUUGGAUGUGGCUUUUGAAUUCCGGAAUCGUUGUAUUCGACUUGAUUUGGACCGGAAGAAUUCUAUAAAACGCGAACAAUUCUACGAGUGUUAUCACUGCAAUAACAGAUAUGGAGAUAAAGAGGUUUUAAUCGAACAUAUUCAAAGCCACUGCGUUGUUGCACCUCCUGAAGCCCCGAAACGCUUCAAAUGUGACGAUUGCAACAAAACUUACACGACUCAAAAAACCCUAAAAGUGCAUUUGAAAAAAUGCAAGAUGAGGGAACCCCCAAGUCGCAAGAAUCGUUUCUCGUGCGAAGUGUGCAAUUUAGUUUUGAAUUACGCAAAGGACGUUGUGGAACAUUGCGUUCGGGAGCAUUCAAUGGAGGGGAAAUUGGUGAAGCCCUACACUUGCAAUGAGUGUCCCAUGCGAUUUUCCUCGUCGGCCAACUUGAUCCAGCAUAGGAAGUACCAUGAUGGGAGUCGAAACCACAUUUGUAGCUUCUGUGGCAAGUCUUACAUAACGAAAAGUGAUUUAACCGUCCAUGAAUACAUUCAUUUUAAUCGUCGAAACUACAAAUGCGAGUUUUGUGAUAAGGCUUUCAACACGAAUAAGAAUCUUCGGUCGCACAUCCUCGUUGUCCACACGGAGUCGACUUUGUGGAAAUACGGAUGCGAUUUGUGCAACCGGAGGUUUCCGUUGAAAUCCGGCUUUGAGCAGCAUAUGAAGCGACACACGGGUGAUAAGAGGUUCGGGUGUCACAUUUGUGAUAAGAGUUUUGUCAGUAGGAGUGAAUUGCAGAAACACGUGGGCUCACACUCGAUGGUAAACCCUUUCAAAUGCACACACUGUGAGAAAGCUUAUAAGGAAAAACGAUUCUUUGAAAUACACUUAACUAAACAUCACGGAAUCGGGAAUGCGAAAAUACCGGUCAAAGUGAAGAAAUUUGCGUGUCAUGUGUGUCCCAAUACGUUUUUUGAUAAACACAAAUUGCAGAGACAUCUAAGGGUGCAUUCGGGGGUCAAGCCUUAUGGGUGUCAGGAUUGUGGGAAAAAAUUCUCGGAUAAGUAUUAUUUAAAGCAACACGCGAAAAAUAUACACAAUAAUGUACAAAGUGAUCAAGAUCCGUCCAGGAAAGACUCGAAUUUGCAUGAUUCUUAAGCUAUUUGUGAAGCGUAAAUUGAGUUUGCGUCAAUUCAGUUAUUUAUAUUGAUUGUGAUUUUAUAAGACAAUAAUAAUAAACCAGAAUGGCUGUUUU